UUGAGAGACUUAAAUGCACAGAAGGGGAAGACAGACAAACAAAAACAAGGAGAUGAAAGAGCAAAGAGCAGCUUGAGACAAGGAGAGGGAGGGAGAGGAGGAGGAGGGAAAGUGACAGACGCUGACAGACACCAUUCAAGAGCGACAGACAAGCAAAGAGUAAGCUGCAAGAAUAGAGAAGACCCUCAGGGCACGAGCCUCUGAUGCUCCAGCUCUAGGAUCUCAGGGUGCAGAUCACAUUCUCCCAGACUCCUGAGCCCCGCCAGGUCCAGACAUGGGUACCUCCAGCAUCUUCCUCUGCAUCCUGUUCCUUGGUGGGCCACUGGGUCUUGCCGCCUCCCUGGCCCAGAGACAGCUCCGCUGUUACACCUGCAACUUUGCCAAACCCUGCUACCCUGUUCCCACCAAGUGUCAGGAGGAUGAAGUUUGUGGCAUCAGUAUUGGUACCUCAGAACAGAGUGAGGUCAUCGAGCGGAAGGGCUGCCUCCCAAGGGCCGAGUGCUCCCUGCAGGGCCACACCACCUACUGGUCCCGCUCCUACACUCUUCGACACCACUGCUGUGAGCAGGACCUGUGCAACUCGGCUACCACGCCGCGCCAGCUCCCCAGCUUCCUCCUCAUCACCCUGCUUGUCCUCCUGGCCAGCUUCACCUGGGGAGGCCACCAGCCUCCAGUUCAAGACUCCUCCACUGUCACUGCAGCCCUGGCAACACCUACACAGAGAUCUUUGGAGAUCUGCCCAAGAACCUGACUGUGUACAGAGAUCUCAGAUCCGUGGGCUCAGCACCUUCACAGGCCCCUCCCCAAACCUGAUUCCUCCAGGCAUUGCUCCAGCCCCUAGCUGCCCAGAGGAACGUUCCCAGAGCCCAGCCUCAUAAAGAAGAUGUGCCCUAAAUCCUUGGUCUUUUCUAGAUGCUUGUUUCUGAUGCAUUCUGUAAUCCCCAGCUCUCUGGCAAGGCAGGUGUUUGAAGGAGCUGUGGGUCCCAGGCAAGGGAAUGGAAGGAGCAUCAAGUGUGAUGAGGAAGAGAGUUCUGCUAGGAAAGAUUAAUUUGGUAGAUCAGGAAGGAAGGCUUGGGGAACUAUGAAGAGUAAAUGUAAUAAAAGUGCUAUCUGGAAGUUCAGUAA